AUGGCACUCCCCAGGACCUACAAAGCCUUCCGGCACAGCAAGGGCAACACGCCCACAACACUUGAUUUGGUCACGGAGGAGCUUCCGUCCUCUCUGAAGUCCAAUGAAGUACUGAUUCGCAUCCACGCCGUGUCCCUGAAUUACAGAGACGUGGCAAUGAUGCACGGGAAGUACCCGGUUAAGAUUAUCGAGCGAUGUAUCCCUGCAUCCGAUUGCGCCGCUGAGGUCGUCGGAAUUGGAUCUGAGGUUCAUGAUUUCCAAAUCGGAGAUCGUGUUGCGCCUAUAUUUGACUUGAACAAUAUCGACGGCACAGAAGAAGAGAUAUCGGUGUUGGGUGGGGAUGUCCACGGAGUAUUGCGCGAAUAUGCGGUGUUUGACCGAAAUGUCUUAUUCCAUUUGCCCAAGCACCUUUCUUGGGAAGAGGCUGCUUGUAUCACUUGCGCAGGAGUAACGGCGUGGAACGCGCUGGACAUGCCUCGAUCCAAAGGCACUGCUCUUCUCCAAGGCACUGGUGGAGUGAGCAUGUUCAGUCUACUGAUAUGCUUGGGCGCUGGCAUCCGUCCCAUCAUCACCUCGUCUUCUGACGAAAAGCUCGAUCUGGCAAAGGCCAUCGGGGGCUCAGAUGCUGUUGAUACUAUCAACUACCGAGACCAUCCUCAAUGGGAGGAGGACGCACUUCGUUUUACCAACGGACGAGGUGUUGAUGUUGUUGUCGACAACGUUGGGCCUUCCUCGAUUGCCCAAAGCCUCUCCUCUCUUGCUAGAAGAGGGAUUGUUUCCUUGGUCGGGUUUUUGGGGGGAUUUGAUGUAGAUCGCUUCCCCGAUACAGUCCUCCCGACUUUGCUAAAGAGUGCCACCAUUAGAGGGAUCAAUGUUGGCUCCAAAAUUGACCAUCAAACAUUGUGCAACUUCCUGUCAGAGAAGGAUAUUGGUCUGAGACCCAUCAUGGAUAGUGUGACAUUUUCUUUUGAAGAUUCGCAGGCGGCGUUUGAUCACCUUUGGGAUGCGAAACAUACGGGCAAAGUGGUGAUCAAACUGUGA